GAGAAAACAUAAAUGAAACUGAAGAGCAUGGUGGAUCUGUGGUUGGUUUUUUCAACGUUUGCUUUUAUUAUUGUCAUGAUUUUUAUUGACAAGUACGUAUAUUAGGUUGGCUCCAAAACGAAAGAUUUUUUUGAUAUUGACAAUGACACGUUGACAACGACUACUCCACAACAGCUCGAUGUCACCGAAAUUAUUCCGAGCACAGCUUCAUCAUCAUCAACAUCAAUUACAAGAUCAGCACUCUUUCAAUGGGCAUAUACCUUGUAUCUCAAGAAAUCGGUUACUAUGUCUACAACGGUAUUAGGUAUCAUUCGAGAACAAAGAGCGGUGUCUGUUUCCGAUGCGUUAACGAAAAUGGCUGCCAAUCUAUUGGAGGACUGGACAACAAGUGAUGUAGAUGAUGCAUAUCGAUUCACAUUAAGUUUGUCAUUGUCGUUGAUUGUUGAUGUCGCAAAUAAUAAUACAAGCAAAAAAAUGUUAAAAGCAUUGGAGCCAUCUCAUGUCCAUGAAGUCAAGGAGCACAGCAAAAGCCAAAGUAACACCAUAAAAGAAUUGCCCGCUUUUUUAUCAUUGAUAUUUAAGGAAACGAUUGAAUUGUUGGAGUUGGAAGGAGAACACCCAGCUUUAAGAUACUUAUCCAAUGCCGCUUCUAAACAAUUGGAAACAGAAAAAGAUAACAUCAAUCUUCAAGUCAUUGAUAUUCUCACUUAUGUUAUUCGAAACGUGAAAAAAUGGGGAAAUGAAAAAGGAGCAACUGAAGUAGACUGGACCCACCGCUUAGUUUCAUUGUUAGAUAUUUUGUUACGGGAUACGGAUUUGUCAGUUAGAAUCAUGGCCACAAAAGUUGUACGACAAGCAAAUGAACAUGCAUUUGGUGAUAAAGAAAAAAUAUCCAGUAUUGUUGGAAGAAAAAUUGAUGUAAUCAUGGAACACGACGAAUUUGAACUCUCAGCAUCGGAAUGGAAAUCUGCCGGAGCUGGAGACAGUUUAGUUGACAAACAGCAUAACAAGAAUCUUCGAGUCAAUGCAUGUGUGCUAUUACAAAUAUUACGAUUACCUUUUGAUGGAUUCAAUAAUGAUAUCAGUAUCUUAUCUAUGGAGUGGACAGGGGCUGAAGGAAAAUUGGUUUCGAUGAAGAGAUAUAAUAAUUAUUUUGUUGGCACAACCAUUGGUGACAUGUACUUACCCUUGACAUUGGACGAUAUUAGUGAUUUCCAUAAAACACUCACUUUAUUAUUGCAUUGGAAGAAUGAACAUCUUAAGUUACGAAAAGUAGUCCGUGGCCCUCUACUUAGACAAAGAAGAUUUGAACGAUCACGAUCCAAUUAUACCUCAUCUAUAGCCACUUCAGCAAAUACAAACCCUGAUAUAUUUUUCACUCCAACCCAAGAUAGAUCAUCCAAUUGAUUUCGUCUUUGUCAAUAUUCCCCCACUUCUUUAACACUGUUGUUAGUAUUUACCCGUUUUCUCUCUCUUCGUGC